AUGCAUUUCGACUAUGCUCCUUUUCCUCUUCUGUCUUAUCCUAGUCACUAUGAAGCGGACUCGCUGACUGAACCGCGUUUUGAAAGGGAAGCGUUUCCUUGCAAAGUGAACGAUCUAUGCGAGGCCAUAGCUAAAGGACAAGUGGAUAAACUAAAAAGUUACAUAUCAUCGACUGAGAACAAAGCAGAUAUCCUAGAUCAGAAUGGUGAGAGUGCCCUCCACCAUGCGGCAAGAAUAAAUCGAGUUGAAGUCAUGGAUUUCCUGAUAAAAGCUGGGGCCAGCGUUGAUAUUUACAGCAAAGAUGGAUUUACGCCAUUGCAUGAAGCUGCACGGUCUAAUUCAUUGGAGGCUUUUGACAAUUUGCUAAAGAAAGGAGCCAAUCCAAAUGGUAGAUCUACAACAAAAGGUUAUUCUCCUCUUCAUAUUGCUACGCAAUACGGUAAUAAAGAGAUCAUCCAACGACUGCUUAAUGUGAAAACCUUGAAAAUUAAUGCAACUAACCGGAACGGACUGACUGCUCUUCAUUUGGCCAUCAGUCGUGGAUACGAGGAGAUAUGCAGUGAUCUUAUUGCCAAAGGAUGUAGUAUCAACAUAAUUACGAGGGAUGGGCAAACGUGUCUUCAUCUAGCAGCAGAUGUUGGCAUUGAGGGUAUUGUUUCUGAUGUUAUCCAAACCGCUCUGAGGAGUAUCUGGAAGUACCCUGUAAGUGCUAUGUCGGCUUCCAAGGACAUUCCAGAAUUUGAUCAGUUUAUCAACAGAAAAAACAAAGACCAGAACUCUGCUCUUCACUUAGCUGUUCAGACAGGUCGCUUAUCUGUAUGUCAAAUCCUUGUGCAGCAUGGUGCGAAUGUCAACAGACAAAACAAGCAUCAACAGACACCUUUGCAUGUGGCUUCUAUGGGUAAAAACAAAGACAUCUUGGAAUUACUUAUUAAAUGCGGAGCUCGAACGGAUCAAAAGGACUCCAAACAAAGAACUCCUCUGCACAGUGCGGCAUCUUUCGGAAACCCAGAAAGUAUUAAAGUCCUGCUGAGCAACUGCGCAACUCCAGAUCCUAGAGAUACAGAUGGUAUGACACCUCUCUUGUGUGCCAUAGCAGCUGGCCACACAAAAUGUGCCAAACUGCUCUUAGAGUACGGUGCAAACAUUAGAGCGCGUGAAAGGAAUCAACGUGGCGGCAUUCAUCUCGCUGUAGAAUAUGACAGAGAAGAAAUGUUGAAAAUGCUGUUGGAAAGAUCAGGAUCACAAUGUAUAAAUAUUCCGGACAUACAGCUUCUAGAGAUUUUGUUGGAAAAGAAAGCAAACUGUUUACUCGAGGAUCGUGCUGGUAUAACUCCACUACAUACAGCAGCGGAGUUUGGAAAGGACCGCCAUGUUGAGGCUUUAGCUAAGACUUCUCUUGCCUGUGUAGAUCAAAGAGAUUCAUAUGGAAGAACACCGCUUCAUUUUGCAGCAUUAAAUGGAAAAGGGAAAAUAUGUUCAAUCCUUCUUCAAAUGGGAGCCGAAGUUAACAUUUCAGACGCCUACGGCUGUACACCUCUGAUGUUUGCAGCCAAAACGGGUGCUUCAGGCUUAAUUCGAAUGUUUCUUGAGCUGAACGCCGACAUAAACCAAGAAGACAAAAAUGGCAACACCGCGCUUUUGUUUGCUUCUGCCAGUGGUCACGUAGAUGCUGUCAGGAUCCUUCUGAACAGUCGGGCGAUCUUGAAACCAAACAUAAGCGGCCUUAACUGCUUCGAUCUGGCCAUAGAGAAUCAACAAGGAGACGUUGUUAUGGCAAUGAUUAAGAAUGCCAGAUGGAGAGAGGUCUUGUCAGCCAAUAUCCUAGAUGGUCAAAAUAGGAUGGGAAAACUCAUUCAGCAGUUUCCCGAUGCUGCUAAAUCUGUCAUGGAUCGGUGCGUCCAGCGGUCUCUGAGCCCACGAUCCAUCAAGUACGAUUUCAGCUUUCUAGAUCCAGGUCCUGAUGAUACAAGCGGACCAGAUGGAGAGCCUUUCUUUGGUCUCAAGGUGAUGGUGGAACACAAGGAAAAGGAACUCCUGGUACAUGAACUUUGCAGAAAACUUCUCAAGAUCAAGUGGCACAGAUAUGGAUGGUUUGUUUAUUGGACAAACCUUAUCCUGUUUUCCUUGUACCUCUUCUCGAUGACCUACUUCAUGGUGACAAAGCGUAAAGCGGUGAUCCUGAAGCGAAAACAUGAUAAAGAUGAUCCUGAUGAUGCUGACAUUUUCAAGAACAAGGAAGCAUUGAAUAAAGCUUUUCCUUUUCUCAUACUGGCGUUCGCAUCAAUUCAUUUGUCCAAAAAGUUCUAUCAGGCUGUCCUUCAAAGAGUGGAGUAUUUUCUACAACUGACGAACUUGAUGGAAUGGGUGCUCUAUACGGCGAGCAUAGUCUUCAUUCUACCAUACGUCUCAUCCAGCUUUUCCAGUCUUCAAAGAAACCCUAGGAUAGCCUGGCAAAUAGGAACAGUAGCUGUGUUCUUGGGGUACAUGAACCUGAUAUUGUUUAUUCAGACUCUGGACUAUGUUGGCAUCUACGUGACAAUGUUUUUCCGAGUGGCUAUCACCGUACUCAAAGCUAUCAGUCUUUUCUUCCUGUUUGCCUUGGCUUUUUCUGUGGUGUUCUACAUACUGUUCAAGGAGCAGAAAGCAUUUGACACCUUUUUCUUCACGCUGGUAAAAGUUAUAGUCAUGACCCUUGGUGAGUUAGAUUAUACCGCUUUUUUAGUGGACAACUUGGAGGCCACGAAUCCAGAGACCAAAGCGCCUCUCCUGCCUUACCGUGAAUCAUCCUUUGUAUUUCUCUGCCUCUUCAUCUUUGCCAUGCCCAUCAUCCUUAUGAAUCUUUUGGUCGGUUUAGCCGUUGGAGACAUAGAGUCUGUGCAAAAGUAUGCUUUUCUGAGAAACAAGGGAAAAUUCAUCGACUUCGUGGUUGGGGUUGAAAGAAAUUUACCAAAAUUUGUUACCCGGCGUUUACACAAACCUGAGUUGGUCGUAACUGGACGAUACGUGGACAGGAAAAUUUCGUCAGGUAAAUAUUCCUUUGAAGACGAAGACCUCGGUAAUGUAGAACAAACAACCGAAAUCGAGGACGGACAAAGACUGGAAGCUCUCGCAAAGGAAUUGGCGAGGGCUAAGAGACGGCAACUGUCAAUCAUUGACGCCAUGCAGGAUCAGAGACGCCUUUUAUUAGCUCUAGCUACUAAAAUUGGCCUAAAUACCUGUGAGGAAGCUUGA